UGGUCCAACAAUUGAGGUGGAAAAACUAGGUCAAGAUGGUCCCGUUCAACUAUGUCUUACCGCUGCUACUACAAUUACUGAAAUCGCUAGAAAAACUCAAAAUCAUGAUCAAAAAGCUUUUUGUACCUUUAGACUUCCUAUCUAUGGUUUAUCAGAAUCUGUUGUAUUGGAAUUAGUCAUUAUGAAUGGUGCUCAAGUGUUUGAAUCAAUUGCUAAAAAAGCUUUAAAUAAUUCUAUUAAUGAAUUAAUUUUUGCUACAAAACAUUCAAACGUCUAUUUUCUACAUGAAGCUUCCAUUGAAACUGAAAGAUUAAUUAUGCAGACUAAUGGAAAAUUAAAAUGGUUCGAAAAUAAUUUUAUCAUCUCUAUGGAUGAUUGUAUGGAUGAAUUUACUGGUGAAUUUACUGAUGAAUUUACUGAUGAAUUUACUGAUGAAUAUACUGAUAUAGAUGAUUAUAUGGAUGAGUAA